GAGGAGAAGGUUGGAUGAGAGGAUGACAGUUGGGUAUAUGCCUGAGCUGUCAGUAUAGUCACGUCAUAUUAUAAUUGUCAUCAAUCUAUAAACAGAGAUCUAUGUGGCUCCGUGACAUAAACCACAGAACACUCAUAUUCUGUGACUCACAUAAACCAGCUAGCAUAACAAUCAACCACAACUUCCCUAGGUUAACCCACGUAUAACCUACAAACUGGCAAACUGCUCGAAGUGUGGUUACUGUUGAACAAUCUAUGUAACGGGAGCAAUGGCAAUUAAUGCAGAUAUCUUCUACAAAGCGGCUUUGAAGUAUACCCAAGAGGCCGGACAGUUAAUUCGCGAAAAAAUAUCGGUCGUCAAUAAAACCGUUGAAAUAAAAUCCUGCGAAAUUGACUUAGUUACUGAAACUGACCAACAAGUUGAAAAAUUAUUAAUUGGAAAUCUCAGCAAAGAAUUUCCAGACCAUUUGUUUAUAGGCGAAGAAUCGGUGGCUAAUGGCACAAAGUGCAACUUAACUGACGAUCCCACUUGGAUUAUAGAUCCAAUAGAUGGUACAAUGAAUUUUGUUCAUCGGUUUCCUCAUUCAUGUAUAUCUAUUGCCUUAUUUAUUAACAAAAAACCAGAAGUAGCUAUAAUUUAUAAUCCUAUUAUUGAACAGUUAUUUACUGCUAAACGAGGACAUGGCGCUUACUUAAAUGGGAAGAAAAUUCGAGUUUCUGGUGAAAACGACCUGAGUAAAGCUUUAAUUGUAAUGGAAUAUGGCACAAGUAGAGAUGUAGAGAAAUUGAAAGUUGUCGCAGCAAACCAGGACAUGUUAAUGAGCCAAGUUCAUGGGAUACGAGCUCUGGGAUCUGCGGCACUUGAUAUCGCCAUGGUCGCGAUGGGGGCUGCAGAUGCAUAUUUUGAGUUUGGAAUUCAUAUAUGGGACAUCGCAGCGGGAGAACUAAUGGUUACAGAAGCUGGGGGAGUAAUUAUGGAUCCUUCUGGAGGUCCAAUAGAUCGGUUAUCCCGCCGCAUAUUGGUUGCUAGUUCGAAUUCACUGGCCAAACAGUUGUCAGAAAAGUUAAUCCAGUAUUAUCCAACACCUACAGAUUAAGUAACUUAAUUUGUCAUUAACUUUAUUUUGAAGUAGGUACAUUAUUGUAACCGUUUAACUUUUAUUCAAACUAUCUUUAGCUUGGCAUAAAUUAUGCAGAACAUUUUUUAUUGCAUAAUCUGUAUUAGACUUGGGCAAACCCAUUAAAAAUUUUCAGCUGUUAGUACAUACACAAA